AUGCUCAAAUUCCAUUGGUCAACAGGAGAUCUACAAGUCUCACUUGAUCGAUCACUUAUCGUUAUGGAAUUACAAACAUAUCUUGAUAAACUGUUAACAAGAAUAGAUGGCCUAAAAACCAUCACAAUAACAGACCGAGAAGGCGUCACAUUACUAACAGCCACACCGGAAGGAGGAUCACUGGGAACAGGUUUCGAAACACAACCGGCACUACUAUCGACAACUUUUGCGGUAGUAAGUGAGCAAGCGUCCAAACUCGGACUCAAGAAGAACAAAUCGAUAGUGAGCGUGUUUGGAAGUCAUCAGGUGGUGCAAUUUAAUCAUGCGCCUUUUGUUACAACACUGGUUGCGGAUGUCGAUGCGAAUACAGGUAUCUUGUUAGAUCUCAAUAAUGAAUUAAGAGAUGUGACUGAUGUGAUUGCGACAGCGUUACAAGAACGGCAAAAUGUCACGACACCAUAA